AUGGCCUUAUCAUAUCCCUUUUCUAAAAGGGAGGAAAUUUUGAGCCCUAAAUUUUCUGCUAUCAAUCUCUUUCUCAGCUUACAGAUACAAGACAAUAUAAAAGAUGAAGCAAUACAAUACGGCUCAAAAUUCGUGAGUAAUGGGGAGCCAGGAACAGCACAAAAUGUUGACAAGUCAACCAGCUUGGCUAGGAAAGUUUUCCGUCUUUUUAAGUUUGUCAAUGAUUUGCAUGCUCUUAUCAGUCCAGUCUCCCCUGGAACUCCCCUCCCAAUAGUUUUACUGGGGAAGUCAAAAAACGCAUUACUGUCGACUUUCUUGUUCCUUGACCAAGUUGUUUGGCUCCAUAGAUCCGGCAUCUACAAGAACAAAGAACGGGCAGAAAUAAUUGGCAGGAUAUCUCUCUUCUGUUGGAUGGGGUCUUCCGUCUGUACUACUUUAGUCGAGAUAGGAGAGCUUGGGAGGCUUUCGAAGUCAAUGAAGAAAUUGGAUAAGGAACUCAAGGAUACCAAUAAAUACAAGAACGAAGAGUAUCGUGCUAAAAUUAAAUCAUCAAACGAGAGGUCAUUGGCUUUGAUCAAAGCAGCCAUGGAUAUUGUGGUUGCAGCCGGGUUGCUUCAGUUGUCUCCCAAAAAGGUGACUCCUCGUGUUACAGGAGCCUUUGGAUUCGCCAGCUCCCUCAUAUCAUGUUAUCAGUUGCUUCCAUCACCACCCAAGUCCAAAUCGUCUUGAGCAGAUGAGAAUGAUGAGUACCCAAAGCUAGAUGUGGACGUUGUUAAAAAUUAAAAUAAUUAUUAAGAUAUAAAUUGCAGUUACAUACGAUAUGUUUUUGUAUGAUUUUUUAUUUGCAGUCAACAAUUGCAAUAAUGUAUGUCGUGCCUGUUUUUAUCAUAUUAGUAUUCUGUGUAUGACUUGCUUUUAAGAUAUGGAA